CAAACCAAUAACCCUCAGAGCGGCGGAGUGGUUUGACGGGCAGUCGAGGUUGCAGCAGGCAGAGGGAGACGGUGGAAGGUAAAGCAGGGAGGCAGCAUCAUGGCGGACAGAGACAGUGGCAGUGACCACGGAGGGCCCACCGCAGGCCCCGGCACGCUGCCCCCGGGUGCGAUGGGCGCCAUGUCCCGGCUGCAGCACGACACCGAGGAGCUCGCCUCCAAGCGCGUCGACAUCCAGAACAAGCGCUUCUACCUUGACGUGAAGCAGAAUGUUAAAGGCCGCUUCCUAAAGAUAGCCGAGGUCGGGGCUGGGGGGAACAAGAGCCGCCUCACUCUCUCCAUGUCGGUGGCCGUGGAGUUCCGCGAUUAUCUCGGGGACUUUAUUGAACAUUACGCCCAGCUGGGCCCGACCAACCCGGACAUAGUGCAGGAUGAGCCCCGGCGGGCGCUCAAGAGCGAAUUCCUGGUGCGGGAGAAUCGGAAAUAUUACAUGGAUCUGAAAGAGAACCAGAGGGGGCGGUUCCUGAGGAUCCGGCAGACCGUUAAUCGGGGGCCCGGAUUGGGAAGCGCGCAAGGCCAGACUAUCGCUCUGCCGGCGCAAGGUCUCAUUGAGUUCCGCGACGCUUUGGCCAAACUCAUCGACGACUACGGCGUGGACGAGGAGCCGGCAGAGCUCCCCGAGGGCACCUCGCUCACAGUCGACAACAAGCGCUUCUUCUUUGACGUGGGCUCCAAUAAGUACGGGGUCUUCAUGCGGGUCAGCGAGGUGAAGCCCACCUACCGGAACUCCAUUACGGUUCCGUGCAAAGUGUGGUCCAAAUUCGGCAACACCUUCUGUAAAUACGCGGAGGAAAUGAGGAAGAUCCAGGAGAGGAGUAGAGAGAAACGGGCCUCCGAACUGCUACCUGAGGGCCCGCACGGCGGAGAUGAGGGCGACGAUGACUGACGCGGAUUUUAAGAGAGCAGAAAUGAAACAACAAAGACAAAACUGAACUCUGAGAGAAAACGAGACUUUGAACUGUAAAAUUGAAAGAGAAUUUCCAAGGGAAUCACCCCACACACAACCUCCACAGACAUGGCAGCACCUCUGCUGUCUCCUCGCUCAUUUUACUGGAUGUCACCCCACUUACCACCCAUGUGACAGUAAGCCGCUGCUAUCAAGGAUUGAACUGUAAGAUAUGAACUGUUUCCUACUUGAUUUAAAUGACAAUGACCAGAGUGUUUAUAUCUCUAUCAAAUGACAGAUUUUGCACACAUCAAAGCUAUUUCGAGAAAAAAUGUUUAAAUGUUUUCAAACUGGUCAUAUACUAAGAUUUAAUCAAAAAUACAACCAGAGGUCUAUUAUAUAAAAUGACAGUCUUCAUGUAGAACGAGCAUUUGACAUCAGCACAAAGAGAAUAUAUUAUGGACUUUAUGAAACCAAAAUCUGAUACCAGAUGUAUAGUUUAUUAUAAAGGUACGCAGAAUAAAUAUGAAAGCGCUCUAAAAGUGUAUGAAUUACAGAACGCUGAACUACAGGCCUGUAAACACCUGUCAGCAUGCGUUUUGAAAAGAAGUUUGGCAAAGUAGGCUAUAGUCUUCAAUUUGACCUAAAACGUAGUAGGCUAAUGAAAGCAUUUCUAUCAUGCCAUUAUGGGAAGGUUGAGACUCAAAUAAAUAAAUAAAUAAAUAGCCUAUUUUGUGCUGCCUCAAACAAAUGGGAUAAAUCUCUAAGCUACUAUAAUGAAUAUCAACCCUCUUGCACCAUGUCCAUAUAAACUUAAAUGAAAAAAGUGCUAACUUAGAUGUACUAAUUAUGAUUUUGUGAAUCAGCUGUAAAAAAUCCUUAUUAAGAUACCCACGUUUUCUGUGGGUUAAGUUUUUUCUUUGUUACUUUGUUGAUUUUUUUCCUCUGGGAGGGUGGGGGAUGCAAAAGGAUAAGGUCCACUUGUGGGAGCGCAAGGCGUGGAAACAAAACAAAAAAAGACGCGUCAGCGCAGCGUGCGGUGAGGCAGCGCAUCCUCUCUGACGUCAUUACGACCCGUGCCUUAUACACUCCACUCGUUUACGUGUUCUCACGUGGAUGGUCUGUGACCUCGACCGCUGUACGUUUUCAUUUACGAGUGCAGUUAUGUAGGCCGAAAUAUAUACUCACCAGGGCUGCAGGUUUCACACCCCUGUGGUGCAUGGAGCAUGGGUAGCAACAGCAAAAGUAUGCUGAAAGGCUGCUGGGAGCUUGGAGGCCAACUAUGGUAGUGGGCAGAAACAGAUCGGGCCCUUCAGAUAGAGGAAGUGCAAUUUGGAAACAGGAGGGGGUUCAGUGUGUUAUGGCACCCUGGAGCCCAGAAUUCUUAGCUUCGCCCCUGGCCUGGUGGCCUCUCUCAGAGUAGAGAUGCAUCUCUGUGGACCAGGAGUACGACCCAGGAUGUACUGCCUGUGGCAGCACUGGGUGUCACCAUGGAGAUUCAUCUGGAGAUGUUGCGCGUGGCUUUGCACACCAUAUGCACCAUGAUGUAAAAAAACAAUAAACAAUAAAAAAAACAGCAACAACAACAAAACUAAAUCUGGAGCGGCUGGAUGAGGCUAUUCGUCAGAGCUGAGAUGGAUGCUGUUAAAGAGCCAGGCAGCCAGCCAGCCAUGCAGGCCAGCCGGCCGGUCCCACGCCGUCAGUCUGAGUGCAGUCCAGUGGAUGUAGAGGCCUAUCAGUGCAGGGCCGAGGCAGUAUCUAUCUCUUUAUGGUGCUACAGCCCCUUGAUCGCUCCUUGGGGGCCUCGCCGCUCAGAAUAUGUCACUUUUAUUUUUAUUCUGAUGCUCUUUUUUUUCCCUUCAAAGUUCUUUUCUCCACAUUAUGUUGUCCAAAACGUGUCAGGUUUCUCCCUCCCAGGCAGAGAGGAAGACACUGACUAGUGUAGGAUGUUUCAUAUUAGUGUGCAAUAUUGUGUACGUGCCAAUUGCGGCAUUGUAUCACAUGUAUAGACUAUUAAAAGACGAAAAAAUGUAUAGGCUAUGUGAUCAGUAGAUGUUCGAAAGCAUGACGAUGAGGUUGAUGCAUCUGCAUUUUAUUUCCGAAAUGUGAAGACUUUCUUCUCAAGCACUUGCUCAAAGUGGAAAAAAAAAAGUCAGACUAGUAGUGGGGUAUUUUUCACGUAUUUGUCACGUUCUGUAAACCAGUAGGCUGCCUUGUCUGUCAUCAGUGCGCGUAGACUAGUUCGGGUGUUUUACGUCCCCCUACGGAGUCACCCCAGAGAAAAACCCUUCCCCUCCUAGUUCCUCCCCUAAGGCACACACACACACACACACACACACACACAACGAAGACAGUUAACACCUUCUAACUGUCUAACUGUAAGGUUGAAUAGUAUCUUGGGGCUUGGGUCCAGGGGUGGUUGACUCACACACACACACACACACACACACACACACAGUCUCUCCCUGUCGAGGCCUCUUGUUGCUAUCUGAGUGUUUGGGAGGCCACUAAAGUAUUUUGAAUGGUGUCUAGAACUGCACAAGGCCUCCCGUCAUUAGAAUCCAGGAAACUGUGUGUUUGGAGCCUCUCUCACCCGGGACUGCCGAUCGCAAGACAGGUGAACUACAUUUUGACUUUGGCAGACACGGGUUUCACUUGAGUUAGGCGAUAGGGAUCAACUGCAGCAGACCCAAAGGACGGAGGAGUUUGUUGUUUUGACAAUGAGGAUCACUAUGCUUCUUUCUAACAUGGGCAGACUCGGAUCUCAGGUCUGCUCCUCUCCCCCACUCGGAAUUCAAAGCAUUAAAAAGGCCCUGGCUCAUUGUCCGUGCAGCAAAACAUGCCCAAAUACGCUCUGUCAGACACACAGUCCAUUCCCUCUUUUUGACCCAGUCGACCUCUAGGCUGUCAGUGAAGUGCUAGUUAAAAAUCAAUAUACUCCAAGUGGUUAGUUCACCUAUCAGCUUUAUUUAAAACAGGUUGGCCUGCCACAGCGGGUAUGUCUGAGCCUGGUCCCAGGCCCUGUCAGAGUGGUGGCACUAAGGGGAAACACAGGCUGCAUGGAUUGCAGCUUUAGAGGCCUCAGCUGGAUAAAAGCUGCUAAUGUAGUUACAGCCUGGGCCUACCAGACAUGGGAUAGCUGAGGCUAGACUGAAGCAGAAUUCCCCCAAAGCACACCUGGACUGAAACUGUAUCAGAAGUCCCUUGCUUUUAAACGUAGAGCUGCGUUUGAUUGGGCGUGCCUGUGGCAAUAGAGCCAAGAAAAAUGUUCCAGAAAAUCCCAUCUGUUCCACGCAGGACAUUUUUGGCCCAGGUUUGUUUGUUGUUUGAGUGUUGGUGAAAGGCCUGAUGAAGCCUGGCACUGCACUGUAGGAGCUUACCAGCGGCAGCCUACCAUGACCUACUGACCCGGCUGUCAGUCAGAUCCAGUUAGGACUUUUCUCUCUGCUUUGGCGAAGAGCAGGAAAUUUCUUUGCCCUCUUGCGGAGAUGACAAUAUUUCCUCACACUGCACAGUGAAUUAUAAAAAGCCCAUUUCCAUUAAACACACAUAACAAGCCACCUAUGACUAUGUGCCCAGCAAAGCACAUCUGAGGUCAGUCUGAGUUCAUCUUGAGUUCAACAUGAGUCUGGACUCUCUAUUUUGAUAUAGCACUUGUUCCCUAAAGUGUUCUAGCCUCCAGGAGGCUCAUGCUACAUGAAGACUGGAAAUACAACACUUCCUUUCUGUCUUUCUCUUACUCUGAUGGCCAAAUAUAAGGAGAAGUCGAUCCUGCUCGAAUGCCUCACUCUGUAAAAUGCACACAUUUUCUUAAAGAUUAAAAGAAGUGUUGACUUGUUUUGUUGUGUUUUGAGAGCAGAACGAUCCCAUUGUGAAACAUGACUCGUCCAUUUUGGGUCGUAGCUGUAUCUGAGGUACAGAGGAGGAGGGCCACCUGUGAUUUUGCUGAAAACAGUGUGAUCGAGUCUGAUUUCUCAGUUUAUGAGAGCUCACCCAAUGUCACAGCAAAACCCUGAGUGACCUUGCAGCCAUGUUGUGCCCACAUUCCACGGUCAUCCAUUUCUGGGACUCAAAUGCAAAAUGGUAGGCAGAUGUUUUUCGUCUUGUGUUCUGUAUAAAGCGUCAGUGGUCAAGCUGUGCGCUGUCCCCAGCAGCACUGGCUAAGUUCAGUGUAUAUGGAUGGCGAUGCACCGAAGCUGUUAGCAUUGACGAGAAUUAUGUUUUCAUUUAUUACACAGCGGUAGCCAUCGUAGCAAUCCCUAAUCAUGAAGUUAUCCUGCCUUUUGUCUGUUACUACUGCAGUGUUCCUUUUGUCUAAUUUUAUUUAAAGUAGUUUAUUUCUUUUGUUGCUUAAACAACAGAUGACCAGAUCAUUCCUUAACAUUUCAACUGAUGGAAAUAUAAGAUAAAAAUAUAAAAUUACAUUGUAUACACAACCCAAAAGUAGCUACUUGUUGCAUGUACUCAAAUGCAGAUUGCUAUGAUGGCUCCAGCUGUAGAUGCUUCGUCUGCUUGUUCCUUCUGUCUUGAAUGGGGAGAUUAUCCACGUUUCUGACAGCAUUCAAACAGCCACAUGUACAUGACUUAUAACAGCAAACUUCCACAAUUGAAAUGUGGGUGGUGGGUACCCGCCUCUACCAAACGGUACAAAUACUGACUUAAAACAGACUGAACUUCCAUAAGAUAUUCCAGACAACCAAAUCUGCUCUGUUUCUGGUUUCAGUGUUGUAGUCUUUCAUUGGCCAUUCAGAGUUCCGGGUUAAUCACACAGCCAAUCGCAGCCUCUGCUCAAAGCCAAGCACUAUAUGACUCAUCACAAACCACUGACAGAGGAGCCCAUUCAGCACGUCUUCUGUUUGCACACGCACCGAGUAGUAGGGUCCAUCAUGUUUGCAGACUGUAUAGGCUCCUGUUGUGUAUAGUUAUAAAGACAUUCUUUCAAGAUGUUGGGAAAUGGAUCCUGGAUUUCAAGGGGUGGGGUCAAUGCACAAUGAACAUAUCCCAUGUCACCGUUUGGUCUAAAUCCCUUUACCAUCCCCAUAUGAGAUAAUAUGUUGUAUCUUUCAAAACUAUUUUAUCUGUGGCGUGUGUGUGUAUAUAUAUAUAUAUGGUUUGUUAUAUAUGAUGCUCCUCCUUUCAGAAAAAUAUAACAUGUAAACAGGAAAAACAUAUUGCUGUUUUUUUCCUUUGUAUUUUAUACUUACAAAAGCAUUGAAUAAAAAUGGAUAAAUACUUGCACUUUAGAUAUAUUAAGAAAAAUAAAAAUCUGCAUAUUAUUUUUGAUAGGGAUCUCACAUUCAAAGAGUAUAAAUUACAGGCUUUGUGACUAUUGCUGGACAGAGAUGUAUUGAGUUCUACUUAUUGAAGUAUAUUUUGUCUGUGUGUCAGAAGGUUUACUAAAGUAAAUUGCAUGAUAAAGUAGUGCUACACCGAUAUUGUUCUCUUUUUUUUUUAGUUGGUAAAAAUGUCUGAAAACUGUGAUAACAACCCUCUUGUAUCAUGUUUAACCUCUCCUCACCCCUUCUAGAAUAUUUCUUACUGAAAUAUGGCCUUUCCUGACAACAUGACGAUGGUGCUUACUUUGGCUUUGACAUCAAGCUCAUCCUAUACAUCUCAACAUCAUCAUAACUCGCGUCCUUACACUUCAUUACUUUCUGUUAUGUACUCUCACUACCUUAUUAAAUUUCCGUUGAUGGCAAAAAAAAGGUGUGCUGUUUUGUACAUUGCUGUUUGUUUUAAUGUUGGGGGAGCCUUGUUGUCUGAAAAAUGACUAAUCGCGCAAUAAAAAGUCAUUCCACA